UGUGCCGGGAGGGAAAGGCAGGGACCGGCUCUCCCGGCCCCCUCAGGCUUCUGGCAUCCGGCCCUUGGGGCUGGGGACGAGCUGGUGUCCCGGUGCGGGUGGCUUUGGCAGGUGGCUCUGCCCCGGGAAGGGGAGGAGGCUGCGCGGCACUCCCAGCCCUGUCCCGCAUCCCUCCCCGCGAUGCUCCAGUCCCGGCUCAGCCUGGUCGCAGCGCAGGAGCCACCCCGGCCUGAAGACAUGGAGGAGAACAACCGGACAGAGACCUGGUACCAAAGCCUCCAGGCAGUGCUUAAUGCUUUGAACCAGACACUGCAAGGGGUUGUCCUCUGCCCCACCGACCGUCCUGCCACCACCACUGCUGCUGCACGCAACAUCAGUGCCCACCCUGGCCAUCCCAGCCGUAAUGACAAUGCCUACAUGUACAUCCUCUUCGUCAUGACGCUCUUUGCUGUCACAGUGGGGAGCCUCAUCCUGGGCUACACUCGCUCCCGCAAGGUGGACAAGCGCAGCGACCCAUACCACGUCUACAUCAAGAACAGGGUCUCCAUGAUCUGAGCCCGGCACCGAUGUCUUAUACCCCAGGAGCUGGUGGAUUUGGGGUCAUGUUGCUGCUGCACAUCCUGCUGCUUGUGGGAUAGGGCAGCACUGCCAGCCAGCCUGGCCCCAAAGCUGCUGGGAAACCCCUCCAGUGCCCCCACGGAGGUGCUCAGCCCUAGAGUGAACAGCUCAGGAAUGUCCUGGCUGGGCAACGGCUCUCAUCUGGCUGGAGCUGGUAGGGUGUGACCCACAGGCAGGUCCCAGUCCCACAGACGUAUCUUGGCUGAACCCCUGGAAUAUGGGGAUGGCAGUCAGCUCCUUUCUCGCUGUGGUCUGCUGAUACUGGCAGGGGCCUUCAAGGAGAAAAAUUCACCAUUUUCUUGCUCAGAGUGGCCACCAUUGACCUUCGUGGGCUAACAGCAACUUCAUGAGAUGGCUCGUGGGCUUUUCUGGUGCUAAAACCCUGUAAUUCUUCAGCUGGGCUGGGCCCCGCUUUUCUGAUUGGGAAUUAAAUGAGGUCGCGGUUUCCAGUAGGGUCGUGUUUAGUUCUUCUCUGAGCAAAGUCAGCAUUGGGGGAUGAUCCGUGGGGUACUUCUCUGUGCCAGGGCACUGCGCUGACUGCUGGAGCCUGAGAGAUGCUGUAAGGGCUAAACCUUCUCCCUGUGUGCUGCCAAGAGGGCACCAAGGGCAACCCCUUGGUGGCAUUGCAGCCUCCGUCCUAGGACAUGAGAUGCUUUCUCCCUGCCGCUGGCUGGGGUGCAUCACUUGAGCUGUGGGCACACACUGCAAGUGCAGCCUGAGCCUGCCCAGAGGCAUCCGGCACCGCACGUCCCUGAAGGUCUCUCCGGGCUCCGGACGGUGAUGCCGAAGUUUUUCCUGCUUCCUUCCUGCUGUCGGCUGUAGCUUUGGCCUUUUGUACCGCAGGUCCCAAAUGUGUUUUCCAUGGGGUGAGGGUGAAGUGGCAGACAGGAAGGGGAUGUUCUGGGGUCCUGCUGGCCGAGUUUGGGACUGGUCUGUGGAGUGGCCAGUGUCCAGGACAGUAAACAUUCCUAUCCUUCAAAACAGGCUGGGGGGCAGCAUCAGUGACCCAGUCCCUAGUACAUCUUAAGCUGUUAAUACUGACAUAAUUAAUGUCGUUAAUGGCAGUUAGAGGCCAUAGGGGCCUUUCCGCCUGCAUUCAAAGGUUAAACAAGGCUGCAAUGCCUGAGCCCAGUGACGCCAAACCCUAAUCCAAAAAAUAAUACUGGAUGUGAGCGCAUUUGGGGUAGGGCUGGAAACCUUGGCACCAGGAUGGCAGCAGCUCAACGACCAAUGCCUGAUUUCCCAUGCCCUUGACUUGGGCACAUAACCCAAGGCAGAGGGUUUUGGGGAGCCAGUGGGGGCUCCUUGCUUUGGGGCUGAGCCAGGUGGGAUUUCUGAGCCAGGCAUGUUGUGCCAGUGGGGCUUUCCAGGGGUGCAGGGCAAAUGCCACCGAUGUCUCCUGGCACUUGGCCCAAGCGGGAAGUAGCUUGAAAGGCUUCACCAUGUUUAUCUUGUGGUUUUAGCACUGGGAAAGGAAAAUAAACCCUUUAUCUGCAAAUAAAUAGGGAGAAUCAGGCCAAGUGGUGAUAGCCAAGACAGCAACCCUCUGCCAGCUUGGUUUUGUAUAAGCACAUACCAUAUUCUGGUUUUCUCCACUUUUGCAGUGGAGUGCACUUUUGCACUCCUCUAAUAUCAGCUCCUCUGCUGAGAUAAGCUUUGGAGCAGCUGCUCACACCAGGACCAAGAUAGGUGUCCCAGUGAUGGGAUGGGUGCUGACUGGUGAGCAUGGUACCCCAGACCCCUCAGUGAUGGCUUCUUGCCUCUCCUGAUAGCCACUGUCCCUCCUGGGAGGCUGGGAGAGAUUUGGUGACCCCAGAGUCUCUUCUGCUGAUAUGACCUAGGGAUGGACAACCCUGUUACAGGGUGGCAUGUUAUAAAAAAAUUGAAAAGAAAUGCUAUUUUUCCCUAAGCCAGAAGACUAAGGAGGAGAAACCCUUGUGUGAGACAGCUCCUGCAGUGAUCCUGGAGUCUCGGGCUCGACGUCACCAGGCUCAGUGUCAAGGUGCCAGUGCCACCUUGUGGCAGCUGCCUCAAGGUCCCUGUGCCACCUUGUGGCAGCUGCCUCAAGGUCCCUGUGCCAUGCUUCUUCCGCUUAGCCUGGGAGCCCAGGGGCAGAGCAGCAGCCCCUACCUUGAGAGACCCACAGCCUGGUUGGAUGUCCCCAUGGCACGCCUGGCUCCAGGCUGGCCAGCGUACCCUUGGGACCCACACCUCCAGCCUUGUUGGGCGUUCCCAUGACACCCAUGGCUCCAGGCUGGCCAAAGUCCCCAUGGCACCCAUGGUUCCAGGCUGGCUGGUGUCCCAUUGGGACCCAUGGCUCCAGGUUGUCUUGACAAACUCAUCCUCAACAGGGCUUUGCACUGGGCUGCUGAGGAUGCUCAGAGGGAUGCAGGAACAGGGGUUAUGGGAAAGUUCAGUUUUGGGAGCCUCCUGAAAUGGGUUUGCUUCAGCUGAUGGAGAAAGGAUUUUGUGACUAAUUAGGUACUCAUCCCAGAGCUCAGAGAUUCCUUGUCAAAGCUAAUCGGUUUCUGACCUCACUCCCUGUGCUGCAGCCGGAAGAGGAGACAAUUUCUGGGUAAUGCUCAUGUGCUUUGUUUUAUCAGUAACAACACGCACUCAGGCUCACAGAGAGAAGAGCUGGGGCAGUGCUGGCCUUGGCUGACUCACUAAAACUGACCGUGCAAAUUGUAGCUGACUACAUUCAGGUUUUAAGCAAUAUAGCUAGAAAAAAAGCAGGGCUCAUGGGAGGCCAAUUUAUUUCAGAUUAUUUUCCUUGGCACACAGCAAUGAAUCAUGGGAGAGAUGAUGUCUGUGGCAGUUGGCCUGAUACUUGGAAAAGGAUAUCAAAACAUUGUGUGUAUGGGAAGUUCAGGCUGACCUUGGCUUAGCGAAGCAAUGGUAGUAUUGCUGGGUUGAUGGGAAUAGCAGAGAUCUGUUCCUGGGACUGCUUUGAUAUUGGGCAUUUUGAUAAGAAAUGUACAAGGUGAAACAACAGCAGUGAAGGGACUGAUAGUGAUGGUAUUGCUGAGCAAUGCCAGUAGAUAUCAGUGAAUGUUUAGCUAACAACACGAGGUGCCUCUAGUAGUUUGUGGUGUGCUGGGUUUGGCAGGUGAAUAUACAGCACAGUGAGAUUGAGGCAUGGAAAGGUGUGUUAAAGGCGAGCUCUUUCUCCAAGGCAGUGGUCAGCACCCGGUGGGUAUUCUGCACAGCCAAUGGAGCCCGAGUGCAGGGAAGAAGUGGGCUGCUGGCCUGGGAAGGGCAUACCAGGUGUGCCAGGCCAGGCUCACAUAAAAGAAUGUUUAUUUGCAGCCUGUGGAAAACAGGGGCUAUGAUAGGGAAAGUUAAUGUCGGGAAACAUUAAAAAAAAGUGGGGAGGGAAAGGGAAAGCACUCCUAAUUCAUGGCAGGGCAGAGAAGUGCUGGAUAAGCAUUCCUUGCACUGCAGUGGAUGGACGCCAGAUGAGCAUCCACUGCAAUUCAGCAGAUGGAUGGCAAAUGAGUAUCUCCUGGGCUGCAGCUGACAGACACUGGUCAAGCAUCUUCCACGCUGCAGUCCUAACUUCCCCAGGCCUGUCUUGUCCUCCCCAUCAGCCGUUCUCUCUGGGUAUGCUCAUUGUGCUUGCGGGAGCACACUGUGAUCUGGAGCAGACACUGCAGCACUGUUUGGCUGAUAGGUUUGGUGCAUAGAUACCACCAGGUGAUGUUUAUUUCCUAAUUCAUUGAGUGUUAUCUCCUCAGGAGUCCUAACGAGCUAUGUUUGUUCCAUGCAUAGAGCUAUAACUAAAUACUAUGAAGUGAGGGGUGGAAAAGCUGGGGAGGGCAUUAAGGACAGUUCAUAUACA